AUGUCUACUUUAAACACCUUUGUCAUUGUUGUUGUCGUUGCUACGAUUACCUAUCUCAAUGCAACAAUGUAUACAUGUGAGAGAAACCUAGGAUGUGGAUGCUCAAAAUAUGAUACAACUGUUGUGAAUGCUCGUAUCGUCAAUGGUGAAACAGCGGCAGUUGGUGCUUGGGGUUGGGUUGCCUCUCUUAAGUUAGGCUCAAAGAAUCCACAUAUUUGUGGUGGGACAGUGAUAGACGAAUACCAUAUCCUGACAGCAGCACACUGCAUUGCUGACUUAGCAGAAUAUGGAUUCACUAUUUAUGACAUUGAGGUUCGUGUCGGUCUCAAUGUUAUCUCAAAUCCAGGUCCAAAUGUAGAAAGCCAUAGUCUGCAAGGCGCCAAAAUUCAUCCGGCUUACGACAAGGACGAUAUUGCAGGCGGGCAUGAUAUAGCAAUACUAACACUAAGUCGACCAAUUGAUUUUAAUCGAAACUCAUUCAUUUCAAAAGUCUGCCUUCCGUUUCUCAACUCAACGCCACCAGCUGAUUUAGCGAAUCCAGAGUAUCCAUUGCCAAACACAGAUUUAAUUGCAAUUGGAUGGGGUGUUCUAUGGGAAUCGAGUGACGUAAUAUCGAAUACCCUUCAACAGGUAACACUACAAGCAAUUGAUAAAGACGAUUCGAAAUGUCGUUUUCCAGCAAAUCCGCCGAUACCAGCACAAAACAAUGAUCCACAGACACAAAUGUGUGCUUCUGCUCCAAGCAAAGAUUCAUGCCAAGGUGAUAGCGGUGGACCUCUGUUGAUGUUUCGUCCAGAUACAAAGGUGUGGGAAUUAGUCGGUAUCACAAGCUUUGGAAUAGGUUGCGCACGACCAUCUUACUCCGGUGUCUACACACGAGUUGCUGCCUAUCACGAUUGGAUUAAGCAAAAUACACCGCCCACGCCAACACCUGCUGUACCGACCCCAUCAACUACGCCAACACCUGCUGUACCGACCCCAUCAACUACGCCAACACCUGCUGUAUCGACCCCAUCAACUACGCCUGAUUACAAUGGGGCACAACGGGAAGGUAUCUAUGGUGGACUUCUUAUGACAAUAAUGAGCAUUUUUCUCUGUUUUUCUGUGUGA